CGUCCUCCCCUGCUGAACCCCCUCACACACACACACCACAGACCACAGUGGACCAGCAGCAGAUGAACAGCAGCACGUCUCUCUGCACGGCUUCACGAAUCAUCAUCAUCAUCCACAGGAGGGAAAGAUGAGGCUGUUGGUGUGGAUCGGCGUCCUCCUCUGCCUCUUUGCCUGUCACUUCAUCGAGGCCAGAGUCAUCCCAGAAGGAGUGCCAUACGACGAACCCCCGGCUGUCCCCUACUGGCCCUACUCCACCUCCGACUUCUGGAACUACGUGGAAUACUUCAAGUCCAUCGGCGCCUACAACCACAUCAACGAGAUGGCCCGGGCCUUCUUCGCCCACCAGCCCCUCGGGGACACCCUGGGAUACGAGACCAACGCGGGACACGAACACUGAAGGGGAGCAGGAGGAGGCCAGGAGGGGGAGAGAGGAUCGAGAAGGAGCAAUUACAACCGAAUUAUAAAGGAAGGCAUGUGUUACUUUGACAGGAAGAAGAGAAUACAAGUAGAGAAGUGUAGAAUACAAGAUACUUUUUAUAAUUGUAACACUGUGUGUGUUAUCAUAUUAUACAUGUAGAAUUCAGAGGUAGUGUGAAGGAAAGAACAGUAGAACUUCAGUAGGAUUGAACUGUAUACUUUCUUCAUGUGACAUGGCAAAAAUAAACAUGUUUAUGUC